CCAACCCCAAUUCCCUAGUACAAUAUCUCCAUAUCCAGCCCAUUCGUUCCGUUCCGUUUCCCAUCUUAUAUCUUCCUUUCUUUACCCCCCCGACCACGGAACAAGAACUCGAAUGCCGAUUUGAUCUAGAACGGCAAUGCGCCCCUCCUCCUCCCGCCUCUACCUCCACCUCCACUUCCACCUCCACUCACGCCUCAAUUCCAGUGCCCGACUAUCCUAUCCCCAGUUCCAACCCCAAUCCCAUCCUCAAUCCUUCGGCACGCGUAGAAGAUCCCUGACCACGAUGCCGCGGCUCAACCCCGUCUCGCAGGCCGCCAUCGAAAGACUCAGACAAUAUACGCCGCCGCCGACGAACUACGACCUCGCUCCGCUGUCGCGUCGCGCGGCGGUCUUGGUGCUGCUGUAUGCGGAUCGGGAGGGGGCGUUGAGGGUGGUUCUGACGAUGAGAGCGAAGACGUUGAGUUCUUAUGCUGGUCAGGCUGCUUUACCCGGUGGCCGCGCCGAUUCUCUGGCCGAAUCACCCUUUCAGACGGCCCGCCGCGAGGCCUACGAGGAGAUCGGUCUGCCGCAGGAGGACAGCAGUCUUCCGCGGCCCUUUCGCGUGGAGCACCUCUGCGAACUCCCGGCGAACCUCGCCCGGACGGAGCUGGUGGUCCGGCCGUGUGUCGCGUUGCUGCAUUCCUACGACGAGGCCACGGCCGAGAACGCCGACCCCGAGGUGUCGCUGAUCCCCCGGCUGGAUGCCAAGGAGGUGGCGGCGGUGUUUACCGCCCCCUUCCAGGAUUUCCUGCGCGUCAAGGGCGAUACUGACCCUCAGUGGUAUCGGGGAUCGUGGACGGAGUGGCAUGAGAGUCGGUGGAGAAUGCACCAAUUCUUCGUUCCAGUUCGUUCGGAGGACGUGGUCAAGCCGAAGGGUGAGAACGAAGAACAGCAACACCUCCUCACUCAGCUUGAGAAGCAGGAGAAGGGAUCCGCGGCGGCGCGGUACCGGGUCUGGGGCAUGACCGCUCGGAUGAUGGUGGAUGUGGCGCGAGUGGCGUAUGCACAGGAACCCGAGUUUGGACACAACAGCCACUUUGGGGACGAGGCGAUGAUCUCACGCCUGCUGAAGAUGGGCCGCUUGAGUGCGGUCCGGCAAAAGGGGGAUCAGUUGACCAAGGAGGAUAUGAAGCUGGCUGCUAAGCUCAGUUGAGGGCUGUCAUCCCCCCCUGCAUAUAUUAUGACGACACAUGACCAAUUGCAUUGGAACAAAAUGCAAGUCCGGUGGAAUAGACGGCUGAUGAUAUUGCCAGCAUAAGCGGCUAAGCAUCGAUCCCACAUAGCAAACAUCUCUGAUGCCCCGCAAGCUUAGCCCAACAGAGCGACUUCACCUGGACCUCUUGCCCACGGGCUGGGGUGCAUGAGUGAGGAGCUGAAGACCAUCGACGGAGAUAAUUUGGAAUUCUGAUCCCCUUCGGAAUUAUAGCAAGAUGGCGUGCUGCAGGACUCAACAUUGGGACUGUUGGGGUGACACAGAUGAAAUAGCACUAGCUGGCAUCCAUGCUCAUAACGUAGGCUACUAAGCGCAGGAGACCAUCCAAGAGGCUCCAAAGCCCACAGC